AUGGAUGAAGUAGCAUCUAUAGAUGAAGCAAUGUUAGUGGAUGGACCAUUGCAAUCAAUGGAUAAAAUUAUGAUAUCAGAAAGUACAAUUAUGGAAUUGGAUGAUCAGAUUGUGAUAUCGAAAGGUGAUGAUGCAUUAAUGGAAAUGGAUAAAAUUAUAUCACCAAACGAGAAAGUAAUAAAAGUGGAAAAUCAAAUUAUUAUCUCAAGUGAUGAUGUGAUGGAAGUAAAAGUUGAUUCGAUAGGAUCAAUCAGUGCAAAACUAUCAGCAAUAGAUGAACCGAUGACGUCAGUUGAUGAAAAUGAACAAAAUGUUUGUUCUAUUAGCAUCAAACAAUAA